AUGGAGAUCAACCCAGAGAAUUCGAUCAUGGACGAGCUGAGGAAGAGAGCUGAAGCUGACAAGAAUGACAAGUCGGUGAAAGAUCUUGUUCUUCUCCUGUUUGAGACUGCUCUUCUCACUUCAGGUUUCAGCCUAGACGAGCCCAAUACUUUCGGGAGCAGAAUCCACAGGAUGUUGAAGCUGGGAUUGAGCAUUGAUGAGGAUGAUGCAGUGGAAGCUGAUGCAGAGAUGCCUCCGCUUGAAGAUGAUGCUGAUGCUGAAGGUAGCAAGAUGGAGGAAGUCGACUAA